AUGGCCACCGUAGACACCGUCAAGGGGCGUUACUCGUCCUACAAGCUGCUCAACGAAGUUGGCCGUGGUGGCAGUGCGCUCGUGUACCGCGCGCAGGAUGUGGCCACACGAAAAGAUGUUGCCGUGAAGCAGCUCUUUGGCAACCGGCCGCAGGAUAUGGAAGACUGGCUGCGCGAGGUGGACGCUCUACACACACUCAACAACCAUCACUGCCCGCAUGUGGUGAAGUACCUGGACCACAUGCAGCAGCACGAUCGACUCUUCCUCGUGGAGGAGUUCACCGAGCAUGGAUCGCUGCUGCGACGUCUGAAGGAAAACGGCAAGCUUCCGGAGGACACCGCUUGCCGGUAUAUCUACCAGGUGCUGACGGCCCUGUGUCACAUGGCCCCGUGGGGCGUCGUGCACGGUGACUUGAAGGCGUCCAACAUUCUUCUCUUCGACGGCGAUGUCGUGAAAGUGACCGACUUUGCACUGCGUUCGCAUGGCGAGGACGAUCACGAGGAUGCCGAGCGGCGCACCACCGCGGUCUCCACGCCUUCUGUCGAAGCACCGGCCCACAUGAAGGGCAGCCGCGCCGGGAGGGGCGCUGGUGAAGAGUGCUCUGGCUCCGCCCUCUCGGAGUUCCGCGGCUCCGCUUACUGGGCAGCGCCGGAAGUCCUCGCCGGUGCCUCGAAGGCAACGGCGGCGAGCGACAUCUGGUCGGUGGGCUGUCUCGCGGUGGAGCUGCUCACGGGCGCCCCCCCGCACUUUGAGCGCCCCAUCCACAACGCCAUUCAUCACAUCCUCAAGAGCUACUACGAAGUGCUCUGUGAGAGCGAGGCCAGCCGUGUAGGCGCAGGUGGCACCUCGCGUGCGUCCACCAACCCCGCAACCCCAAGCGCGGCAACAGGCUCUGGCGAUGAUGAAGGGCCGCGUGGGCCCCGGAGGAAGAAAAACGGAGCGAAAGACGCGUGUGGUGCAGCGUCUCAAAAGACAGACGUGGCGUCCGCGAGGAGGGCGACGGCAACGACGAGCACUCACAAUCCGCCGAAGGAGCCGGUCGAUGUGGCCAAGACAGCCGCAUCUGGCGGCGCUGUGCAUGCAUCAGACCAGACUGAAGUGGCCACGCCCCUGUGCGAGGCGGCGCUGCUCCCGCCGCUUCCCGAGGACCUGCACCUGAGCGAUGAGUGCCUGUCGUUUCUACGGAUGUGCUUCCGCCCCCGCGGGAUGGACCGGCCGUCGGCCGGAGAGCUGCUCCACGAGCCGUGGUUCCUGGACUGCACCGUACCGCAGCUUCUGCGGGCGGCGCGCGAGGGUCGGCCUAUGAACGGGACGACAGGCGACGAGAGCGUCAGCGCCGGCACCAGCAGUGGCACCCGCUUUGGGGUGAUUGAGCAAUGGGUGAAGCGUAACCUGACAUGUGACAACGAGAGCCGGUGCGAGGCGUGGCUGAACAGCAACGCACUGCCGCUGCUGGUGCCGGCGCUGACGCCGCGUAUUAUGACACCCAAGUACAUAGGAAACGUGAUGUGGUGUUUUUCCCACUUUGCCGAGAGCCGCUCAGCCUUGGCGACGCUCUUUGUGAACCGGUUGGGGUCGACAGAGCUCUGGGGGGUGGAGGAGCUGACGUCGGCGUGCGACGCGGACCACCUCGCCACACUCUUUCGGCGGUGCUGUGCAACGCAGGACGCACAAGUCCCCGUGUACACCCCGACAGACCCGCGUGCGCUGCGCUUUGUCUUGGGCCUGGAGAAGGAAAAGGUUCUGGCAUGCGUGCGCGCGUUGCACUCGCGUCUCGUGCUCGAGCCAACGGCCGCGGCGAUGGCGGAGGCUGUGAGCUCGCUGACCACCACCACAGACGACACCGCAGUGGAUCUGAACGACUGCUCCGCCUCCUCGCCUGACCCCGCGGCGCCCGCGCAUACGCGCGCGCCGGAUUGCGCACCAGUAUCCCUUCAAGAGCAACAUGAACAACAGCGGCGUGCCCGUGAGCGGCUACUCAGCGACGGCGGCGCGGCGGUGCUGUGCCAGUGCGUGGAGGCGCAGUGCAAGGCCGCUUUCCUGAGCAACACAACGCCCAUGAUGGAGUGGAGCACGAUGAACCUGCUGUUUGACGUGCUCUGCACCAUCGAGCCGCUGGCGGGUGGGCAGGCGCUGCUGUGGGGCCUCGGCGCUGACUUCAGCGGUGGCCACACCUCUCCGAGCUCUACAGUGGGCGCAGGCGGUGGAGCGGCGGUUGUGAAGACGCUGACGGUUGUCGUCAACCCGUGCGGGGGACGAGGGGGCGGCGAGUUGAACAGCACCUGUGACAAACCCUCGCCAGCGACGGGUGCCCCGCUUUUGGUGUCACCGAUCUCCGUGAGCCCGCAGGAGUCGAUCCUGACGACAGCGGCACCGGCGGGUGGCGGUGGCGGCCCGCUGAGCUCCCUAGGCAGCACUAUGGGCUUCGGGUGCCACACCGUCAGUGGGCUUCCACCGGAGUCAGUGCAGUGGACCACAUCCAUGUCAUGGCUGCUCGCAGUGCAAGAGGCGGCGCGCCACCUGUGCGAAGCAGCGGUGCGCCUGCUCACCCGCUACAUCCCAGUCGCCAGAAGGUGCAGGGCCGAGUACCUCGAAAAGGCCGGCGUUAGUCUGACCGCAACGCUGGUCCUCGUGGGCUCGAGCGAGGUGGUCAGCACCGAGGUGCGAUGCGCGGCUGUCGAAGGCCUGCCGCAGCUACAGGCGAGCUCGCUCCGUGCGGCCCGGUACCUGCGCGACCCGGUGCGCUGCAUUGCCCUGCUGGCGCUCACCCUGAAGCGGUCCUACGGUGUCCCUGCGCUGACAUCGUGCCUGCUCACAGCCAUCACCGCCAUGACGUCCGAGAAGCAGAUGCUGGCGGCCUGCACCGGCUGCCCGUGGGUGUGGGAAGCACUGGUGUCCCUGCUAAGAGAAGUGGACGCAGCUGACAAAGCCGCCGCCGCUGCUGACAAGCGCACCAGCUCGCUCCCCCACAGCGCCGCCAGCACCGACGCUGGCGCGGCCGAGGGGGCCGACGCCCCACCCGCCUUGGCGGCGGCGAGUCCCACAUCCGUCAAAUCGCCUAGCGCCAGCAGCAGCAACGGCGGUGGUGGCAGCAACGGCGCCGCUGCUGCCUUUGCAGACAUCGUUGUUCUGCUCUCGCGUUGGUUCGCGGAGGUGACACCGACAGCGCUGCUGAGCAGUCCAGUAACCGCAGCAGCAGCGGCAUCGGAGCCAAUACCUUCCCUCGGUCAUCCAGCAGCGUCCCUAUCCCUCCCGGUAUUGCUGCAGACACUUCGCCGCCAGCUCGUAGCGCUGUCGCAGAACGGUCGCGUCUGCCACGGGGAUCUGAUGCCGGACGUGGCCAAGGUGCUGCGGCAUUUGGCCCCUCUCGAAGCCGCCGCCGCCGCCGCGUCAACGUCGACGGCCAUGGUGGCGUGA